AUGCCUCCCGUCUGGGUUCCACGCAAGGAGCAACCCUCAAAUGCCAGUGAGAUCAGGGACAGUGUGGUCAACAACCGCGAAGACGUCGUGAGCGAGGUCCUCUCCCACCUGUCUUCAGGCGACCUUGCCACCUGCAUGCGAGUCUGCCGUCUGUGGUACAACGAGGCUGCACGGUUCCUGUAUCGUUCUGUCAAGCUUGACCACGAGACGAUGUCUUCCUUUCUCUACGGUAUCAGCCCCUUGUGCGACGACGUUGAGCCUUGCAGUGCAACUAUGACAGAGGGCAUCUGGAAGGACUGCGAUCACGAUACUGCGGAGCGCCUGGCCAUCACCAGCCGGCCGCGCACCUUCUACAACUUUAAAGCACCACUGCUCCGCUACGUCCAAAGCUUGACUCUCUGCUCGCACCAUCGGUGCGCCUGCGCCCCAUCAGGUCCCUUGAUUCACCGUCUCUUGUGCAACCUCAAGCUCCUUCGCGUAGUCCGCUCGGUGUGCGGCUGCCCUAGCAGCUGCGCAAUCAAUGCCCUGUGCGACUCAGCCGCUUGCCCGUUUCUGAACUGCCUGGCCGACAAGUACGUCUUCCGCAACAAUGAUGGAGACUGCGGAGCCGCCGCUUCAAGCAGGCUGGACCGCCAUGGCUUCCUCUAUGACGUCGAGGGCCGCGACAAUCGGACGACCGUCGUACUUCCCCGGACGCUCGGUCUCUUGCACAGUCACGGCUCUGCCGAUAUCGCCUUCGGCUCUGCUCUCAACAGGGCGACAUCCCUCAAGAUCGUCUUUGCUGACUGGGAAGGAUGCCGCAGCCGCCCGAGCGCAAUGACCAUCACCAUCAAGGACGCCCGUGUGCUUCUCAGCACUUUGGCAGAUCUCCUCCGAUCGGCCCCACGUUGCCACGAGAUCGUCAUCUGUGGUCUGGAGAGGUUGGAGUUGGCUGAAACGCGAGGCGGCGAAGCAGCUCAGAUUGACGCUGACGACCUCCGCUCCCUGAAGAAGCUAAUCGAGGACCAUAUCCGCAAGGCUGUGUGGGUUCAGCCUGUCCUUCCGGACAGCAUGGUUCACUCUCACGACCCUCAUACCGGUGACAUCGUGCUCUCGUUCGGCAGCAUUCCCCAUCACGGCGGCGGGAACUCGAACCAGUCGGCAAUGCAGGGCGGAGGCGAUAUGAACGACGCUCUCCCAGGCGCCGGUAUCCCUAACCCUGCUGCCUUGUUCGACAGCGAUGUCGACAUGAGCCACGCUUCCGAGAACGACGGAUCUUCUGAACACUCUGACGCUUCUGCCAAGACCGAGGACGACUCGAACAGCGACAGUGAUUAUGAAAGCGCAAAUGGAGAGGACAGCGGUGAGGAGACUGACUUGGAGGAUGACGGAGACGGCGACGCCGAAGACGAAGACGAAGGCGACGGCGGAGAGAGUGAUGCCCACACGGGAGAGGUGGAGGACGAAGAGGACAUGGAGCUGGAGGCUGCGUCUCAAGAGCUCCUGGCAGCCCUGGCUUCCGGUUUCAUCUUCGGAAUCCCUCUACCACCUGCAGGAGGACCCAGCACUCAAGGAAAUGCGACCAACGGUGCAGGAGCUGCUACGACUACCACUGCUAGCACUUCACCUCCAGCUGCGGCAGAUGCCGCCAGCGAAGCAGCUCCAGCCUCCGCGUCGGACAGUUCAGCGAGCAACAACAGCGCUACCAACAGCGGCGCUGGCAACGCGGGCAACACCAGCGCACCGACCCAUACCGCGAACGGUGCCACUGGCGCUAAUGCGACACACGGGCCGGUGAACGGUCAGUCGCUGCUGGCCGCAUUCCAAGAGUUCGUCACGUCCCUUACGCGCACGAAGCCGUUGGACGGACAGGUCGUCUUCCAGACUUUCGACGAGUACCUGGCGGACGACGAUAGUCGUGGCGAGCUCAGCCUGUAA